AUGAAGCCAGUAGAGAUCAGAUUCUCUCUACACAGACCUCUACAGCACAGAGAUCCAGCCAUGGUACCUACAAUCACUUCAACUAUGAUCUACUCUAAGGAGCACCUGACUCUGACAAACAAGCUAAGAAAGCCAGUGGUGGAGAAGUUACACAGAGAUCGUAUCAACAACAGCAUUGAGCAGCUCAAAUGUCUCCUGGUUCCAGAGAUCCUCAACCAGCAGCCCGACUCCAAGCUGGACAAAGCCAACAUCCUUGAGAUUACAGUUUGCUUCCUGAGAUGACAGCAACAGAACGAGCUAGUGAGCUCCUCCUCCUGCUCAGCACCUGUCAAUCAGGGUUACUCCAGGUGUGUCCAUGUGAAUGUUCACUUCCUGUCUAACGGAUGGACCAUGUUGGUCUAAGAUUAAUUUCAUGACAGUAAUGAGUAUAAUAAAAUAUAUUCAUAUUCUGCUUAUGUAAGAGUUUUUAAGGAGUUUGUACUGAACAAGUUAACGUUCUCUGAGAAAAUGAUCAAAUCGAUAAUUGAAAUAACGUUAAUGUUUUGUGAAACAUGUUGAUUAUAUUAAUCUUGUUUUUAUAUUCAUGAUCAACAAUAACUUUUAUGCUCCUCCAUGAGAACUUUUAACCCACAAUAGAUAUUAUAUAAUCAGUCUGUUUGUGAUUAUCUAUGACUGAUUUUUUUGAAGGUCAAAAUAUAUAAGACAAAAACUCAUUGCCUCUACAUUUGUGUAGUGAUAUAGUCACAUUGACAUUGUAUUGAGCAUCUUCUGUGAAGCAUGUAUCAGUUAUAUAUUUGAUAUUGAUCAACUUGAGCUACAGCAUCAAUGUUCCUCUGUGAGGAUUAUUUACCCAAACUGGGUAUUUUACCUGUUAUCAUCACUCUGUGAUUAACAAUAUUUUAUCUGUUUUUCAGAAAAUGUUGCUCACAUUAAAUUAAUAGUUUGUAUAUUGCAUUGAAAAACCUUGUUUUAAAAAAAACAUUUAUAUUGCAUUUUAUAAAGACAGUAACUGUGUAUCCUAUACUCUGAUAGAGUAUCAUAUCUUGGAGAUUUGUUCAAGAUCUUGUUGUGAUGUUUAAUCACUUUAUUUCUGUUGAAAUAUUUACCUUAAAUUAAGGUAUUCAAUGAUGUGACUCAGUGAGUCAGUCUGAAUAAAUAC